CUCCGCUGUGGGCAGAGGCGGCAGGAGGGAGGGAAAGAAGCAAGGAAAGGCGCGCCCAGGAGGCGGACUGCGCGGCUCCCUCGCCUUCCUCCUCCUCCUCCUCCUCCGUCCGCCGCCGGAGAAGGCGGAGCGGCCACUUCUCCCGCAGCCCUUAGCAUCUCGGGGAAGAAACGUCCGCCUCCCGAGAAGCCACGGCCACAAAGGGCUCUUUGUGGAACCAGGCAGGCAGCCACUCUUGGGCGGGCGGCAGAGGCAGAGGCAGCAUGGGGCCGGGCAGCGUUGCCGCCUUCUUGGUCUUCCUCAGCCUUGCCUUCGAGGCGGCAGGUGAAAUGGAGAUACCAGAUUCUGAUGAUCCUUUAGGCCAACUGGAUGGACCUGGCAGGCCAGUUCCAACGCAUAAAGGUUACUUUUUGACCUUUUUGGAACCCGUGAACAAUAUCACCAUAGUCCAGGGCCAGACUGCAAUUCUCCAUUGUAAAGUGGCAGGGAAUCCAUCCCCCAACGUCAGAUGGUUGAAAAAUGAUGCACCAGUGGUCCAAGAACCCAAAAGGAUCAUUAUAAGGAAAACAGACUAUGGCUCACGAUUAAGAAUCCAAAAUCUGGACACCACUGACACUGGUUAUUACCAAUGUGUGGCCACGAAUGGAAUGAAGACAAUAAAUGCAACAGGAGUUCUGUUUGUACGGAUGGGCCCAACACACAGCCCGAACCACAAUUUUCAGGAAGAUUACCAUGAAGAUGGGUUUUGCCAGCCUUACCGGGGAAUUGCAUGUGCUCGGAUCAUUGGAAACAGGACCAUUUAUGUGGAUUCCCUCCAAAUGCAAGGGGAAAUUGAAAACCGAAUUACUGCUGCAUUUACUAUGAUUGGCACCUCCACCCAUUUAUCGGAUCAGUGUUCCCAAUUUGCCAUCCCAUCUUUCUGCCACUUUGUGUUCCCCCUGUGUGAUGAACGGUCUCGGACGCCUAAGCCCAGGGAGUUAUGCCGGGAUGAGUGCGAAGUGCUGGAGAAUGACCUCUGUAGGCAGGAGUACAGCAUCGCUAGAUCUAAUCCACUCAUUCUGAUGCAGCUCCAGCCACCUAAGUGUGAGGACUUGCCACUGCCAGAGACCUUGGAGGCUGCCAACUGUAUAAGAAUUGGAAUACCUGUAGAGCGACUCAACAGAUACCACCAAUGUUACAACGGCUCUGGAGUCGAUUAUCGAGGAACUGUCAGUGUCACCAAGUCAGGCCACAAUUGUCAAUAUUGGGACUCUCAACAUCCUCAUUUCCAUGACUUGACAAGCACAGUGUUUCCAGAGCUUGGAGGGGGGCAUGCAUACUGUCGCAACCCUGGAAACCAAAUGGAAGGUCCCUGGUGUUUUACUCAAAACAAAAACGUACGCAUGGAACUGUGUGAAGUUCCUUCUUGUAGUCCACGUGACAGCAGCAAGAUGGGGAUCCUCUACAUCCUGGUCCCCAGCAUAGCCAUCCCCCUGGUUAUUGCAUGCCUUUUCUUCUUAGUCUGCAUGUGCAGAAACAAGCAGAAGGCUUCUGCUACUACUCCACAGCGUCGCCAGCUGAUGGCAUCUCCUAGCCAGGACAUGGAAAUGCCUCUCAUUAAUCAGCACAAACAGGCAAAACUGAAAGAAAUCAGCCUGUCUACUGUGAGGUUUAUGGAGGAGCUCGGUGAAGAGAAGUUUGGGAAAGUUUACAAAGGUCACCUGUUUGGGACAACUCCAGGGGAGCAAACACAAACAGUUGCCAUCAAGACACUCAAGGAUAAAGCAGACCUAGCCCUCCGUGAAGAAUUUAAACAUGAAGCCAUGAUGAGAUCAAGACUGCAGCACCCAAAUGUAGUUUGCUUACUGGGGAUAGUGACCAAAGAACAGCCUGUCAGCAUGAUUUUUAGCUAUUGCUCCCAUAGCGAUCUUCAUGAGUUCCUGGUGAUGAGAUCUCCUCACUCGGAUGUUGGCAGCACUGAUGAUGACAAGACCGUGAAGUCAACAUUGGAGCCGGCUGAUUUUUUUCAUAUUGUGACACAGAUAGCCGCAGGAAUGGAAUAUCUUUCAAGCCACCAUGUUGUCCACAAAGAUUUGGCCACUAGAAAUGUCCUUGUUUUUGACAAGCUUAAUGUGAAGAUAUCUGAAUUAGGUCUUUUCAGGGAAGUUUACUCUGCUGACUACUAUAAACUAAUGGGAAACAAUCUUCUUCCCAUUCGAUGGAUGUCUCCUGAGGCAAUCAUGUAUGGCAAGUUUUCCAUCGAUUCUGACAUCUGGUCCUACGGAGUGGUUUUGUGGGAGAUCUUCAGCUAUGGCUUGCAGCCUUACUGUGGCUAUUCCAACCAAGAUGUCAUUGAAAUGAUAAGAAACAGACAAGUUUUGCCAUGUCCUGAUGACUGCCCUGCAUGGAUGUACUCACUGAUGUUAGAGUGCUGGAAUGAGUUUCCCAACAGGAGGCCAAGAUUUAAAGACAUCCACAAUAGACUGAGAACAUGGGGGAACCUUUCUAAUUAUAACAGUUCUGCACAAACAUCUGGUGCAAGCAACACCACCCAAACCAGUUCUCUGAGCACAAGUCCUGUUAGCAAUGUCAGCAACACUCGGUAUGUUGGGCCAAAGCAGAAGACACAAACUUUCCCUCAGCCACAGUUCAUACAAAUGAAAGGACAGAUCAGACCUAUGGUUCCACCUCCUCAGCUCUACAUUCCUGUCAAUGGUUACCAACCAAUGCCAGCAUAUGGAGCCUAUUUGCCAAAUUUCUAUCCUGUCCAGAUCCCAAUGCAGAUGGCUCCUCAGCAGAUGGCUCCUCAGAUGAUUCCAAAACCAGGGUCCCAUCAUAGUGGGAGUGGUUCCACAAGUACAGGAUAUGUAACGACAGCCCCCUCCAAUGCUUCUGUGGCUGACAGGGCUGCUCUCCUCCCUGAAGGGACAGAAGAUGCACAUAAUAUGGCAGAAGACAUUGGUCAGAAUCUGGUCCAGGAGGAGGAAGAAGAAGAAGGCUCAGUACCUGAGACAGAAUUAUUGGGUGACAAUGACACUCUUCAGAUGGAUGAGGCAGAAUUUCAGUCAGAAGCUUAAUGAUGGUACCAUAUCUCCUCAGUAUACUGGAAACUCUAGUGUCACCAAUACUUUUCUUUGGACUCCUAUACACAAGUACAAAAUCAAAACCAGAUACAAAGCAGCAAUAAUGGCAUGCCAUGUAUAUGGGCUCUCCUUUCCAGCAGAUACUUUCAAACAUGACGAUCAGGAAUUGCUGUUUCUAAAUGUAGGGUUGAUUACAGUUCUUGCAGGGAAGCUGCUUUUAUAAUAUACUGUUGCUGUGCAACAUAUAGUGGAAUUUCAUUGCACAUCAUGUAUAUCUUGAACUCUGAUUGUAAGAUUUUUUUUAUGAAUCUGGGUUAAAACAAUAACCAAAAGGAGAGCUAAACUAAGGUUGCAUGCAGCAUUGUUCUGCCUGUGAUAAGGUGCCCAAAGUAUAAUGGGCAUCUUGUUUGUUUCACUGUUAAAAUAAUAUUUGUAAAGGGGUUCUUUAGCUAUAGGUAACAUAUAGGUGGGACUGUUGUUCCAGAUAAAGCUAGAAUCCAGGUGAGAGAGCAGGACAACUUGUAUAUCUUCGUGGCCAUGAAUGAUCACUGCAGAUUUAUUUCCUAUUAAUUUUUUAUGAAUAAAAGGGAGCACAACUUAAAUUUUAGCAGGAAAAAUAUAUGGUACUCAAAAGAAGUGACAAGGUUCGCUAUGCUCUAACAUUUAAUAAACCAAAUUCUUUUGCCUGCAGAUUGCCAAAUUCAGAAAAAAUGGCUCAGAAAUACAUUAAUACAUUGUAUUGAUUGUAAUGAUUAUUAACAAUGAUCAAUACACUCAUUUUUAUUUUAGUUAAGAUGGUGCUACAAAAAUACACUCACGGCCUUCUUUGUUUAUAAAACUAUUUUUAGUGAUUGUAGACCUAUAAAGACCAAAGUAAGCAAUAUUGUACAGAGUGUGUGUUUAUCUGUGUCUUCAGUGCUUUUUUAUGAGAAGAAUAAUGUACAGACUUUGAAAUGUAAUUUAUGUUUUGAUACCUUUUAUAUGGGAUUUUUUUUCAUGGCAGCAAUUGAAUUUUGAAAAGAAUGCCUAUAUAAUUUAACCGUUUACAUUAUGAUUUGUAAUAUUUUAUUGGAUUAGAAUUUGUAUGAUUUUGUUAUUUCGACAAAAGGGGUCCAUACAUUUCAUAGCCUUUUCUGCAGUGCAAAUAUUCCCUGAGUUCUGUUAUAGUGUUGCUACAGUGCCACUAUAUUCCUAUCUACAUAUCCAACUCUUGGGACUAUCUUGACAAAAUAGCAAAUAAACAUGCAAUUGAUUUUAACAAGUUGUUAAUGAAAAGUACACUGUAAAACUGAUAAUUUACAGAUUUCGGGUUUUUUUAUUCAUGUAAACUGUUCCUUUGCUCUGUAUCUUUGGAUUCACUUGGAUCCACCUUUUUGAUCUGCAGUCCAUGUUUGUAACAAGCUGUAUUACUGGUUUCCAAUUUCUCUCUUGAAAUUGGCUAUGCACUGGUAGGUAAACAAUGGGAAGCUCUCUUGCUUGUUAAUAUAAAUGCAAGUUGGAGACAAUUAAUAAAUCAUACAAAUAAAUUUGAAA